AUUUUGUGGGAUCACAAAAUGUUAUUUAAAACUCAGAUCAUUAUUCGUUUACUAUAAUAUGAUCUAAGAUCUAAAAGUAUCACAGAAUCGUCCUUUCUGUGAUAGACUCAUAAGAGCGCUCACGACAGGCGGGAGCACGGAUUAAUAUUAUAUUAUGUUAUUUAAUAGUUUAUUAAUCUGUGGGCGGGAGUGACCAGCCCCAGUCAAUCAGUAUUGUAGCUAUUUUGUCAUUAGUUUUUACUUUUUCGUAGUUAAGAACUUAUGAGGUUUUACAAUGUAUUUUAAAUAAUUAAGGUUAUUAAGUCUUUAAGACUGAAGAUCUACAAGAUAAUCAUGAACACAGUGCACACCCAUUAUUCUGUCAAUUUUGAUAACAAGUUAUUAGAAAUAAUAUUCUCUAAUUAUUGCGGAAGAUCAAUAUUUGACAAAUGAAUUUCCUAGCCCAGUGUUUAUUUUUUUCAAUGCAUUGUUUGUGUGAAUACUGAAUACCCAUCGUCAAUACAUUGGUGAACUGUGAUUAUGGAUGAUGUAAAUUAUUUGGGUAAAGAAUUUGACAACUAUUAUGGUGUAGUUUUUACAAACAAUAAUGAAGACAAAAUAAAUACCUCGUAUCAUUUAUUAAAUACAGAGAAUACAGAAAAGCAACAUGUAAAAGUAUGCCAAGUGUUUUUAAGAAAAGUGUUUACAUUACUGAUACUUCAAUUGUUUGCAUUCAACUUUAUGGGAUUUUUUUGUUUAUUCACUCCGAAAAUACGUUUUUUUAUUUAUAACUUUGAAUAUAUUUUAUCAAUUACAUUAAUAUUAAAUGUGGUUGUACUUAUUUUCUUACACAUGAAACGCAAGCAUUAUCCUUUUAACCUCAUUAUCUUAAUAAUAUUUACUGUUAUAGAAGCUUGUACUGUAGGAAUUGUAGUCACAUCAUUUGAUUUAUUCAUACUGCUACAAACACUAUUACUCACCUUAGUUUCAAUAAUAGCAACAACAUUAUAUUUGAGUAAGACAAAGCGAGUGAGCUUACCCUUGACUGAAUAUUGUGUUGUGCUGAUUAUUACUAUAUUUACGUCCGGUGUAUUAGUACAAAUAAUACUGGGCAGUACUACGUAUGAACUAGUAUUCUCAAGUAUCAGUUCAUUAUUAUUUUCAAUGUUCCUUGUACAUGAUGCGCAGAAAUUGAUGUGGAAAUUACAUCCCGAAGAUUAUGUUUUUGGUACCAUUAGUAUAUAUUUUGAUAUAAUUAAUUUAAUUCCUUACGUACUUCACAAAGUCUACAGCUUUAGGUUUUAAAAUCUUAUUAUUUGAAAAUCAAAUGAAGCAAAAGUUAUAUAUUUUUGUAUUGUUAUAUAUUUAUUUUUAACAAAAUAAUACAUAUUUUUAGUUUAUAAUGCACAUAAAAAAAAUAAUAAUUUAUAAAUAAAAUUAUUAUUUAAAACAGUUAUCUUACAAAUGUUUACAAGAUGUACUAAAAAAAAACAAAAAAUAAUUCAGUCAAUGUAGCUGAUUAAUGAUAUUU